GAGUUGAGAUUAUUUCAUCCCGAGGUUUAAAUAUUGAAGACAGUUGUAUAGCACAGCGUCAACAAAUUUCAUUAAAGUGCUGAUUUUGAAAAGUGGCCAAAAUGUGGAAUAAAAAUAAAAGUUUUUCAGCUCAACAAACACAAAACUAUAUAAACUUCAAAUCAACAUUUUUGAUAAUUAUAAUUUACAGCUGGAUAUUAAUAGCCGAUAUAAAUGGUAAAAACGUCAAUGAAGGAUCUUUCAAAUACCUAGAGAGUAUUUCUGCUGAGGAAUGGAAGCGCGAUUUGGAGUUUGGAAUUGAAUCUUUUAAUGCACAAAUAAGGCUUGAAAAGAAUCUUAUAAAUUCGCACGUUUCUGUGGAAAAUGGUAGCAUAUCCCACAAUCAAAUCCUGGAUGCAUUGCCGAACGAAGCAGCUAAAAUGGAUAAUAACAUCGCCAGGAAGCUUUUGGCAGCGAGCAAUUACAUCCUACACAGUAAAUGCUUACCCCAUUUCAUUCAGGGCGAGGAAUGCCAACAAUUUUUGACAUCAAAGGCUAUUCCAGAUAAUAGUCUUUUGUCACAAGAAUGCUUGGAAAUUAUUGAAAAUCGUCGUAAUGGCCACAACUCUUUCCGAAGAUUACUGAACCGGCGUUAUAAUGACGGCAUUUAUCAGAUCCUACCUCUGAUUUCGCCUUUAAUGGUAAGUACAAAACUUCAAAACUUGAACUUGGGGGCGCGGAGUAAGGAGCUGGAGGACAGAGAGAGAAAUAUGGCGGUGAUACAGUGGACACAAUUUAUCGAACAUGAUCUGAGUAAACCUGUGGUUACAACAAUGAGGGAUGGAAGCUACAUUGAAUGUUGUGAUCGUGACAAUUUUGAACUCUUACCAAGAUAUCGACAUCCUUCUUGUGAACCAUUGGUAAUGACUAGUGGAGGAUCAAAAUAUGCAAAAAUCAACUGUCUGAAUUAUGUGCGAAGUGCAGUUGCUGUCGGCGCUAAAUGCACUUUUGGCGAUGUUGAACAGUUAAAUCAGGCAACAUCCGAUUUAGAUUUAUCGCAGCUUUAUGGUACUACAGAUGAAGCCCAAAAUCGUAUACGCUCUUUCUUUAAGGGCCAAAUUAAGUCCAGCGGAAAUGGGAGGUCACAAAAGCGCUACAAUGAUCAAUUACCGUUAAUUAAUGAAGGAUCGCAAAAAUAUUGCGCUUUUAAAAAUCAUUUCAAUCAUACUGGUCGAUGUUUUAUGGCAGGCGAUUCGCGUGUUAACAGUAGUCCACUUACAAUAUCAAUUUAUACGUUGUUUAUGAGAAAUCAUAAUCAGAUUGCUGAAAAACUCGCAAUUAGAUAUCCAUCUUGGAGUGAUGAGGAUCUCUUUCAAACCACAAGAGCACUAAAUACACAAAUAUAUAGAAAUAUUAUUUAUGACGAGUUGUUACCUAUUGUAUUGGGUAGAGACGUCGCUGAUAAAAUAAAACAAGGGAGCUUCAGAAAGGCUCAUGUGGAUGAUGAAAGGAUUUCUAAUGAAUUUUCAGUCGCUGCCAUGCGUUUUUACUUAUCGAUGAUGCCCAAUUUUCUAAAGAAUUCUACUGAAGCUAAACGUUUGAAGUAUAGUACAUACGAUCUGGUAUCUAAUCCAAAUAGUAAUAUAUUUCGAAGUGAAACCGCAGUUUCGUUAAUUGAUCAAAUGUAUAAGCCCAACCUGGCAUAUACACAUAAAGAAAUUGAUACAAUAUUUGAAUCUAUUUUGAAUCAAUCUGCUAUGAAAUUAGACACAAUAUAUGAGGACAGUCUAAUUUUAAAUGACUUUGGGAUCAAUAGACCUAAUCAUAGUGAUGUGCUGGCGUAUGAUAUUCAACGGGGUCGAGAUCACGGUUUGAGAAGUUAUAUUGACUACCUUGAACUUGCCACUGGUGAAAAGAUUGAGUCGUGGAAGGAUCUUGAAAGCUUUAUAUCUGCGACGGAUUUACGACUGCUAAAGUCCAUUUACACCGAUGUCAAGACUAUUGAUCUUCUAGUUGGUGCCAUGGCAGAAAAGAAUGAACUUGGAGCUAUUGUAGGACCGACCUUUAAAUAUAUUUUGGCUGAGCAGUUCUCCCAAAUUUAUCAAAAGCAGAAACGAGUUGCGAAUUCAACAUUACCAGAAUUUCAAGAGUUUAAAAUGGUCUCCGCUGUGGAUUUACUUUGUGCGAAUACUGAACUACAAGAGAUACAAAGAAAUUUAUUCAGCCUAACUUCCGACAAAAAUCUUCCAAUAACUUGUGAUAAACGUGUGGAAUUGCUGCGUGUGUGAACAUAAUAUAAUAUAUAAGAAGGAAACUUAAUUACAUCCGUGUAUAGUCGAACUUAGAAAUGACUUCACAACAAAUUGUGAUUAUGAUGAAUUAAAAAAAAUGUACACACGCAUACUUGGAAACUGUACCAUUGAUAUUAUUCCUUACAAAUAUAAUAGGAACCUUUGGGUUAAAUAAAGUCGCAUGUCUAUUUAGAAAUAAUUCGAUUCUUCACAGAUAUUCUAUUUGAAAUUUUCUCAAAAAAAAAAAAAAAA